UUAACUGUCCAUAUUCAACACUGCCAAAUGCAUCCUUUAUUUUUGCAGGCUUACGAUUUAAAAUAUAAGAGAUAAAUCGUUCGUUCGUUUGCAAUGCCGAACCAGAUGAGAGUGCUGGACUUUGGCGAUGGAUCGGUGCCCAUCCAGCUGGACUAUCCAGAUUCGAAGAUCUUCAGCAAAUGCAGUAGCUACGGCGAUCGUGUCCCGGGUACCCAUUGGAACGAAAUCGCAGUGCACCAUAAUGGCCGCCUGGAAUACUCUCCAAAUCCGGAGCAGAUAAUCAUGGAUGCCUUAUACCAGGCCACAGACGGGGCGGACUUCUUUCCGGUGUACUACCAGCGUGGGAAGAACGUGGAUACCAUGCUGGCCAGGAACUGCAAGGCGGCCAUUGACAAGCUUUUCAAACAGCGACUGUCCAUUAAUCUGGAAGGAGGCGCCUCUAUACCCAUCAGUAUUCAAUUGGGCGUAGCACAGUACAGAAGGGACCAGAUAACUCCAACGUUCCACAUCGCACGGGUGGUCACCAGACUGAUGAAACAAUUAAUUCAAAGGGACGGUGUGGAUGGACUACUUAAUCUGGACAACUUUGGGGGUCAUCCGGAGUUCAAAAACCUUGUGGUAAGCAUGGGCAAUCCGAGCAUCCUGAUGAACGUGUGCCAGGUGAUACACAAUAAUGAUAAUGAACGCUUUCGGCUGAACGGAUUUAUAUUGUCUAACAACCGCAUUCGGGAUAUACGGCCCUUAACGCUACUCUCCAAUGUGGACUACGCCCUGCUCGACUUGAGGAGUAACAAGAUCAAGUCAGCCGAACGUUUGUGCCGCGCUCUAGAACAAUUCAGGGCCAGAGAACUGCUCUUGGAGAACAACCCCAUUGUAAAGAUAUCCAACUUUCCGGCAAACAUUAAAUCGCUGGAAAGUAACUUCGAGUUGGUGGAUGGAAAGCCUUUCAACAUGCUGCACAAGUCUGUUUCGCCUCUGGAUGUGGAGAUCGAUUUGGAAGUGGAUGGAGCGCGGAUUGACACAAAUAACAUGUGGAAGUUGCCCGAGUUUGAGAACAGCCAGCAUUGGCAUGCCUUUUUGAUACCCGAUCCCAUUCAAGAAUUUAACCAGGAGGUGUUCUUUGACUUUUUCUUUAUAAGGCUGGAUCCGACCCUGAGCAACUUUUAUCCCUGCUACUACAAGUACAUUAACACGGAGCACGUUUUCCUCGUGCGCAAUUGCUUUGAUCAGAUUGCACACCUGGUAAACAAUUGCAACCUAGAGAUGACAAUUCCGACUGGUGAUCGGAUUUUUCGCUACUAUCUGCGAAUGAAUGUGAGCACCGUCAAGCAGCAUCAUGUCGAUCCGGAGGAGUGCAUACAGAAAGCUGUCUCGCAAUGUUAUGUGGCACAGAACCGAAUGCUCAACCUCGAACGGUUUCACUCCAGAGAAUGUCUAAAGAAUGUGAUGGUGUCACUAAGCUCGCCAAAGAUCUUGACCUACGUACUGUCGGUAGCGUCGCGGAGGUUCAUGACCACCUGUUCAGAGAUCCGCUUGUGCCACAACAAGAUCCUUGUUCUGGAUGGAGCCCAUGUCCUUGGUAUGAUGGGGUGCCUGCGAGCGGUGGAUCUCAGUCACAACUGGGUGCAGGAUCUGUCAAGCAUCCACAGUCUGGGCAACCUGCCUCUCAAGUCCCUGGUACUUCACGGAAAUAAACUCUGUCGCAACUACAGACUUCCCAGCGAAUAUGUCAGGGCGGUGAAGGAGGUGUUUCCACAGUUGACCACCUUGGAUGGCGUGGACCUUCAGACGAAUCCUGGCCAGUCGUUGCAGAAGAACUUUCUUUGCGAUACAGGUGCCUACGAGUUGGUGGGUGCCUUUCUUGAAAACUAUCUCCGGGAGUUCGAAAACGAUGAGUUUCGCCAUAAUCUGUACAAGUAUUACUCUGAAAACUCGAUCUUUACUCUAACAUGUAACUACAACGUGGUGCAAAAUCACCAGACUCCAAAGAUAUUGCAGCGUUUAUCAAAGUACAAUAAGCAUGCACGAAAUCUGCGCAACAAGGACUAUUCCAAGGCAAGCGAUGGCGUGUUCAUUGGCUCUACGUAUAUCGUUGAAAUCCUAUUGCAACUGCCCCGAGUCACCCACGACUUCCACUCCCUGCAGACGGACGUAAUGCACUACGAUAGUAAGGGGGCGGUUAUCUAUGUGGCUGGCUUGCUACGGGACGAGCCACCUAGCACGAGGAAUGGCAACGGGAGCAGAACGGACAUCGGUGAUGUUCUUUUGGGCUUUAGCCGACAGUUUGUGGUCACGUUCGAUGAGGAGAACUUGGGCUUGGGAAAGAGGGCUCGUCGCUUAAAGAUUGCCAACGAACGUCUACACAUAACGAAUCCAUCGAAAACUGCAAUACGAAAUGCCUUCAGUGUAAAUUUUCCGGAUCUAAGUAAACGUCAGGUGGAAGAGGAUUCCCUGGAUGUGAAGGAUCACAAACUGCUGCUUUUUCAAGAGGUAACCGGCCUCAUUUCCACUUGGGUCACAUCGAUUGUGGAGGAAGCCGAUUGGGACUUUGAGCGAGCCCUAAAAUUGUUCAUUCAGAAGAACGCUGAUCACGAGAUCCCAGAUCUAGCAUUCGCCUAGAAUAUGUGAUCUCCAUAGAAAAUAUUUAUCUAUGACGAAAGUUAAACCAAAACUAAUUAAAUGCAAUCGAUUAACAAUCCCCACUAAAAUUUAAACUUAUAAUCACAAAGGCAAUAGACAAAGAAACAUUGUUUUAAUAUUUUAUAUUAGUUCCUAGUUCUUUAUGAAAUUAAGAGAAUAGAACGGAAUGAAAAUUAUUAGGAAUAUAACCGCUAAUGGUUCUAGAUGUCAUACUCUUAUGUCAUAUACUGAACCUAUUAUGCAAAUGCGAUAUCCCAAUAAAACUACCUUGGAUUACCAUUAAAAAGUAA